AUUGAUGGACUGCAGAGCCAGUACGAGAAGCACAAGGAGGUGUCGACGUCUCAGGGCGUCAAGAUUCUGGGGAAAGACCUGGAGAAGACGCUGGCGGGGCUCCCCCUGCUGGUGGCUCGCAAGGACGACGAGACCCCCGUCCUGAGGGACGAACUGAUCCGGGAGCUCAAACAGACGCUGAGCUGCAUCAAGCUGGAGGAGAAAGGCGUUUACGUGCAGGCGUCCACACUGGGCUCCCUGGAGGCGCUGCUGGAGUUCCUGCGCACGUCUAAAGUCCCCUAUGCUGGGAUCAACAUCGGUCCGGUUCACAAGAAGGAUGUGAUGAAGGCGUCGGCGAUGCUGGAGCACGACCCGCAGUACGCGGUGAUUUUGGCGUUUGACGUGAAGGUGGAGCGGGAGAGUCAGGAGAUGGCCGACAGUCUGGGAGUUCGGAUCUUCUCGGCCGAAAUCAUCUACCAUCUGUUUGACGCUUUCACGAAGUACCGAGAGGACUACAAGAAGGCCAAACAGGACGAGUUCAAGCACAUCGCCGUCUUCCCGGCAAAGCUGCGAGUCCUUCCUCAGUUCAUCUUUAACUCCAGAGAUCCCAUCGUCAUGGGCGUCUCCAUCGAGGCCGGCGUCCUGCGACAAGGGACGCCGCUCUGCGUCCCCAGUAAAGGGUUUGUGGACAUCGGCGUGGUCACCAGCAUCGAGAUGAACCACAAGUCCGUGGACAUGGCCAAGAAGGGCCAGGAGGUCUGCAUCAAGAUCGAGCCCAUCCCCGGGGAGUCGCCCAAAAUGUACGGACGCCACUUUGAGGCCACCGACAUCAUCGUCAGCAAGAUCACGCGAGCGUCCAUCGACGCUCUGAAGAACUGGUUCAGAGACGAGAUGCAGAAAACGGACUGGCAGCUGAUCAUGGAGCUGAAGAAGACCUUCGAGAUCAUCUGAGGGACCUCACACACACACACACACACACACACACACACACACACCUCCCUCAGAUGGCGCUGGAAAAUAUAAAAAAAAAAGACGUGAAAGUGUUUUUCUGUGAGAAACAAACUGUUUUUUCCACUGUUGUAAACAGUGAUAGUUUAGACCACAUCACACACACACACACACACACACACACACACACACACACACUCUCAGUAUUCCAACGUGCCUGUUCUUCAGCAUCGACGUUGUUAUUAUUUCUUCUUCUCUGGUUUGUGGCUGCUGCCUCCUGUCCCAGGCUCCGCCCCCUCCUCUCCAGACUUAACGAGCUUAACGAGGAGCCGGCAUUCAGCCACUCCAGGUGCAUUAUGGGAUUGAGCAUCACCAGAGUGGAAAGAGGAAAAAAAGUUCAUUUUUUUCUGGUUUCACAAAAAAACACCAAAUCAUUGAAGCAGCGGCAGCGAUGGCGUUGACUUUAAAGACUCGGCGUUGGCGGCUUUGCUGUGCGGUGUGUCGACUGGAUGGAAGAUUUUAAACUGUUUCUGCUGCUGCUGUAAUAAAUUCCCAUGAUUCUGAUGAAA